AUGUUCCUGCAGUUGAGAAAUCGAGCUUCGAAAAUUGGUCAAGGGGGUGCGUUAUCUUGUGUCAUAUACAGGACGCCCUUCUCUGUCGUCUCGCUCUCCCCCGCUCGGUCCGACGACAACAAGAAAGAUGCCUUCCACCGCCACCCUCCACUACUUCGGACUCCCGGCCGGGGGGAGGCUACCGGUGUUGCGCUCGCCUACGGUGGGAAGGACUUUGUGGACAACACGAUGGGGUUCUCUGAGCACGGUGCCUGCAAGUGGGCGGGCAAGGGUCUGCCUGUCCUGGAGAUGGACGAUGCCGAGUACUUCCAGUCGACCGCCCUCCUCCGGUAUGCCGGCAAGAUGGGAGGCCUGUACCCCGACGAUGCUCUCGCCGCGCUCGAGGUGGAUGAGAUCGUCAUGAUUGCGGAGGACGUGUUGACCAACAUGUUCAAGUGCAUGGGCCAGACGGACGACACGGUGGCCAAGGGAGUGCUCGAGGGAAAGAUCAAGACCCUGGUGGAAAUGCUUGUCGCCAAGCUUGCGACUAACCAGUCCUCCAAGUUCUUCGUCGGCAACUCCCCCACCAUCGCGAACCUCCAGGUGCACGCCGUGAUCAAGAAUUUCGAAGCGAACUUCCUGACCGAUCUCCCCACGACCCUCAUCGCGGACACCGCUCCCACGGUCAUGGAAAUGGAGGUUGCUCUGUUGCAGGACCCCAAGGAGAAGGCGUCUACGCUUCCAAGGCUUAAAUAUCUGACACCAGCGACAAUAGCGGAAGACCUCCUGUGCCCACUAGCACAUCUCAAGGAAGCGGUCGAGGACAUCCGAGACACGCGCGGUACGGCAAGCACCUGA